AUGUUGCGUCGAACGGCCUUUCUCGCUCGUACGCCUGUCAGUGUAUUUCUCCAUGAGCCAUCACAGCGCAAGACGUUUGAUGAAACCCUGGCUCACUGCAGUGCCAAUGGAACAGACAUGGCAAGCGGUUUGAGUUCUGACUUUGCUCUUUUGCAGUCCAAGCUGUUGAAGUAUCGUGUGGUUCGCCUCUGUGAUGAGUUGCGGUAUGUUCGGCAUCAUCCGUUAAGUAGUAUGCCUUCUUUUCUGGAUCUUGUGAAACAUCUUGUGUUGUUAACAACUCUCUUUUUCUUAUUCCGCAACGUCGGUCGGCUCUCUCUCCGGCCGCUAGUUGAACCUCCGAAAGAGCAGGAAGCGGUAGAAGCCGAAACACAUGAUACACAGGUUGAAGGAAAGAGUGAAUGA